GGAGCUGUCACUCUGCUAAGCCUGUGUCUGCUGUUUGGUUACGGGGCGUCUCUACUCUGCAACCUCAUCGGCUUUGUUUACCCCGCAUAUGCUUCAAUCAAAGCCAUCGAGAGCCCAAGCAAAGAGGACGACACUGUCUGGCUCACCUACUGGGUGGUGUUCGCCCUGUUCGGGCUGGCCGAGUUCUUCAGCGAUCUACUCCUGUUCUGGUUCCCUUUCUACUACGCGGGCAAGUGCGCCUUCCUGUUGUUCUGCAUGACUCCCGGGCCCUGGAACGGGGCGCUCGUGCUGUACCGCCGGGUCAUCCGGCCGCUGUUUCUAAAGCACCACGCGGCCGUGGACAGCGCUCUGAGCCACCUAGGCGGGCGACUUCUGGACACGGCAGCCGGAAUAACCAGGGACCCCCAGUCCGGCCUGACCCAGCCACAGACGGACAAUUGAAGCAGCCCGCUGCCCCUGGCGAGGAUCUCCUGGCUGGCAAGAAGGGGGCCACAUCAGGCACCUCCAAAGAGUCCUCGACGGAUUCCCGGACAGAGCUCCCCUCCCGCCCCUCGGGUCCAGACAAGCCUUUGGGGGUCCCCUUAAAUGCCACUUCAGCCAACUCCCAGUCUCGCUCCUCAAGCACCCCCAGCUCCGGGUCCCGGGGCCAGCUGCCCUCCGGCUCUGCCAGUGGCUCCCAGCUGCCCAGCAAGGCCAGGGGCCAGCCUCGGUCACAAGGCAACUCCUCCAGCCAGCCCCAGCAGCGUACUCCGCCCCCCAACACUUCCUCCGGCCCCUCACAGAUGGCCCAUCGGUCCUCGGGGUCCACCCACCGUUCCAGUGCCCCCACCAGCCAGGUGCCACCCCUGGUCCAGUCUCCGAGUGGCACUAUCAUCCCCAUGCAGCCUGCCAGCAAGGUCCCCAGCAAAGUCCCCAGCAAGGCACCGAGUGAGCCAGGGGACACAGCCCCCAAGACCAGCAGAUGGCGCCGGAAGCGGUCCUCGAAGCCACCAGCCAGCAGCCCCUCGGUGCUGCUGACCGUCCCCUGCCACUCUGAGUCCUCUCUAGAGUACUCCUCCGAGUCCACCACCGAGGUCACCUGUAGCUGGCCGCACCACAGACACAGGCUCCAGUGCCUGCAGCCCUGCUGGCGCCUCAAACACCUGGCCCGCUGGAGCCGGCAAUAAAGCGCGUCCCGACCAGG